UUGUCCUUUUGGUUUUCUGCAUUGUUUUUUUUUAUCUUUCAGGGCAGCAAGCGGGAAGGCACCAAGAGAGGAAGGAAACCUGGACGCAAAGCCAAGUCUGAUAUGAAGGCCAAACUAGAACGGAGUCGGCAGAGUGCUAGAGAAUGCCGUGCACAAAAGCUGCGAUACCAAUAUUUAGAAGAACUUGUUGCAAAUCGUGAGAAGGCUGUGUUUGCACUUCACAGAGAAUUAUAUCUGUAUCGUCAGUGGGCAAAAGAAAUAGAUGAAGGAAAAAUCCCAGAAGGUUUUCAGAAGUUAAUUGAAGAAGAAAAGGUGAAGAAGGCAGAAAACGAAUGAUAUUAUGGAUUGUGGAUGAUCAUCAACAAGAAAACUUUUGGAAAGGCAAGAUGUUGAACAAUUGCCUACCAAUUUGGAAUUCAAGAUUGAGAUAGGACAAUUCAACACUGAUAUGAUUCUUAUCAUUCAACUUAACUAAAAUAUUUGUUUUUGAGAGAAGUGGAACAUCUUGAAGUUGAAUUCAGGUUAAGAAUUUCUUGGGUAUAGUUAGAUCUUUACAUACCAAAGGUCUACCUGCUUGCUGCCUUCAAAAGCCCAUCAUGCUGACUAUAUUAUGUAUAUUUUAGUUCUGAAAAUAGAUGGUGUUGAGUUUUUUCAUUUUCAUAUCACACUUGUAUUCUUCAUUGUUAUGUAUACUUUUUUAUGUAAACAAAAAUAGAAUUA